AUGGGAGCCUCCCUGGAGUCGUCGUCGACGUCCUCCUCAUCCCCGUCAUCACCUUUUUGCACCCACCGCCGCCCAGUAGUAUCUUAUUCGACGAAUUCGAAAGUGAUUUCGGAGUCGACUCUCCGUCUCUCGCUUAUUCCCGUGCUGCUCCUCGCCGCCUUUCUCGUCUUCCUGCUCAGCCCCAUCUCGCCCCUCGCUCGCCUGCCCCUCGAACCCUUCCAUCACACGCCGCGUAGCGAUGGCCUAUCUUUCUCCGCCACGUCAGAAAUCGCCCUGCUGCGGCUGCUCCCACCGCUGCCGCCCGUUGCCGCGCUGCGCCUGGAUGACGGAAAGUCCGAAAAGCGCCGCAGUUUGCCAAGUCGCAUUCCCGGAAGAGAUUCAUUCAAAAAGUUUUUGCAGAAGGCGCCGCGCGGGGCAAGACAAGUGCUGGGAGAUUGCGAGUGGGCGGUUGGAGGGAGGCGGCGACUGGGGGAGGGCGGUGGUGACAUGCACGCGAGGCUGGCACCGCUGUGGGACAUGGCGAGCCGCGUGGCGGUCAACGGGACUGUCGUCAUCGUGUCCGCCAAUGCAGGCGAGUCAGGAAGGGCGAUUCGCGUCGUAUGCACGCUACCGCAGGACUACGCUGCUAGAGAACCCCCCCUCACCCCCCCAUUCGCCACGUCUCCCAUUACCCCUUCUCAACAAGUAGGCUACGAGGAGAUGCUGGAAGACGUAGCGCUGCGAGGGCGGGGCCCGACAGCAUCUUUCCCUUUUGAGUCGACUCAAAAGCUACGACGAGAUGCUAGAGAACUGGGCGCUGCAUGCCAACAGGUGGACCUGCGCUCUCUUCCCCCAUCUUCCCCUCCCACCCCCCCCUCUCCCCGCCCCUUCCCCCACCGACCAGGCUACGAGGAGAUGCUAGAGAGCUGGGCGCUGCUUGCCUACAAGGCAGAGCUGCCACAGGGAGAUGCUGGAGAACCAAACACUGACCCGCCUCUGACCCUUCCUACUGCAUCUCCUCCCCUCUCCCAACCCUUCCCCCCCUCCCCACAACAACCAGGCUACGAGGAGAUGCUGGAGAACUGGGCGCUGCACGCGGACAAGGUGGGGCUGCGAGGGCACUACAUCAUCUUUGCUGCGGAGAGGCAGAGCUUCGACUAUGCCAACCACAAGUGGCCGGGGCAGGUGGGGAGUGUGAGGCGUGCAUGGGGCGGGUGGGGAGUGUGGGGAGUGUGUGGCGUGCAUGGGGCAGGUGUGGCCUUGCCCCCUCCCCCGCUCUCCGCAGGCCCUUCUGCUGGACUUGGAGGGUCAGUUUGUGCACGAAGACGAGGGAGUGGAUGUCUCAAGAGCAAUAGGGAUCAACUCAGCAGGCUUCCACCGCGUGGCGUCCCGCCUUGCCCCCUCCCCCGCUCUCCGCAGGCGCUUCUGCUGGACUUGGAGGGUCAGUUCGUGCAUGAGGACGAGAAUGUGGACGUGUCAAAGGCCAUCGGAAUCAACUCGGCGGGCUUCCACCGCGUGGCGUCCCGCCGGGCCGUGUACAUCCUGCACCUCCUCGCCUUUGGCUUCUCCGUCCUCUACUCCGAUAUCGACAUCGCUCUCCUGCAAAACCCCCUCCCGUACUUCGCUCCCCUCUCCUCCUCUCCCUCCUCUGCCACCCCUUCACCGGAGUCCGGCUCCCCUCCUGCCGCUGCCCCGCCGAAAGAAUUCGACGUGUUCAUCACCGCAGAUCAAGCGUGGACGAACGGCCCAGAUCACACGGUCAGUCUGGCCGAGCCGGGACUCCCAAUGGUCAUGUGCUCCUGCUUCCUCUUCUUUCGCCCCUCAGCGGGAGCCAAGGCCCUCGCAGCCAUGUGGGCUUUCAGCAUGGUGGCGAGAGGGCAUGAGAUCGGACUAGACCAGGACCAUUUACUCGAUGUGAUGAAGAUCAUGAGAGAGCGGAAGAUUGAGGCGAAUAUUGGCGUGCUGCCCGGGAAGAAAUUUCCAUCGGGCGAAUUGAUGGCGAAUGAUAUGAUGGGGUUUCUGGGGUUGAAGCCGGGGGUGGUGAUGGUGCAUGCAAAUUAUGUGGUGGGGAAGCGGAAGAAGAUCGAGCGGUUGAUUGAGGCUGGCGUGUGGCUGCUGCCACCGCCGGCACCAGAGGGAGAGGAGGAGGGCAAGGGAGAGGGGAGCAGUGGUGGCAGCGGCGGUGGUGGUGCUGAUGGUGACGAUGCUGCUGCUGCUGCUGCUGCUGCUGCUGCUGCUGCUGCUCCUGCUGCUGCUGGUGGGGAAGGCAAGGAGGAGGGGCAGAGAGGCGAGGAAGGGGAGGAGGAGAUGGAGAGGAGGUUGAUGGGAGUGGCGGAGUGGGUGCCGUCACAUGUGGAUGCGGUUUUGAGGGUGGCGCCUGGUGUGGCCCGGGAUGGGCCGCUCAUUCUCACCGUGCUCUGUCAUGCAAGCGAGUCGGAUCUGUUCAGGAGCUGGCUGGGGGCCAUUUCAAAGCUCGGCCUCUCAACCAACUUCCUUGCCUCUGUUGCCAGCCAGGUGAGCUUCUGUUGCCAGCCAGGUGUGCUUCUGUUGCCAGCCAGGUGUGCUUCUGUUGCCAGCCAGGUGUGCUUCUGUUGCCAGCCAGCCAGGUGUGCUUCUGUUGCCAGCCAGGUGUGCUUCUCUUGCCAGUCAGAAGCAUCGUUUCUGGUCCCUCCCUGCACCAUCCUUAACCUGCCUUGCCUCACUGCCCCCUCCCUGCAUCAAUUGACGCCUCCCUGCAUCCCUCCCAGCUGUCCCCCUCUCAACAACCCCCAUGUCAUUCGCCAGCCUGCCUCUGCUGCUCCUACUGGCGGCAGUGGGAGUGAGGAGAAGGCAGGGGAGAAGGCAGAGGAGAGGGACAGGCUAGCGUGUCUGCUCAUGCCGGCGCUGCUGGCCUCGCGCCUCCUCGCUGCCAACAUCACGGUGCUGUUCAGGUGUGGUGCGGUGAAGGUGGAUGUGCAGGCUAAUGACCCCUCAACUGCAUGGCUUCGCAACCCCCUGCCUUUCCUCCCAGCCACUUUCUCCGUCCUCCUCCCCUCCACCUCCCACUCCUCCACACCCCCCACUCUCAACACCACCACUCCCACUCCUCUCAACCGAUCCCACCUUGGCUCUCUCUCUCCCUGGCUGUUGCUGCUCCGCUCCUCCUCUCCUUCCUCCUCCGCUCAACCCCCCCCCUCUACUUCCUCCCCCUCCACGCACUCCCUCGCCCUCUCCUGGGGGUUACAAGCAUUCAAGACUCUGUCCAAAGAGCCAUCUCUUUCAGACAAGGCGGAGGGGAACGGUGAGAGCACACCCCUCACGUUGUCUGUUGUUGUGCAAAGUGCUCUUAACCAUGCUGUAGCACGUGUACUGGAAGGUGAAGGGGCAGGUGAAGGGGCAGGUGAUGGGGCAGGUGGUGAAGGAAUCGCGAUCGGGGUUUUGCCUGCGUUUUUGUUUCCACCAAGUGCGGUGGUGUGUGAGGAGAGGCAGUGGGUGCAGCAGCAUAGGGGGGAGGUGGUUGCGUUUCACAACAGCUGUGGGGCGAGCAGGGAGAGCAAGGCGUCAGUGCUGAAGGAGCUGCAGCUGUGGGUGGAUGGUUGA